AUGGAUAUCUCACUACCCCAGCAAUGGCUCCUCCUCCUCCUAGCCGGCAUCCUCCUCCCCGUCGUCUCGUACCUGCUAGUGACGAAGCACAGAGCCGAGGAAGGGCGGCUGAAGCUGCCGCCGGGCCCGAAGCCGGUGCCGGUGCUCGGCAACCUGCACCAACUGGGCUCUCUACCGCAUCGCAACCUGCGCGACCUGGCCGGGCGGCACGGCCCCGUCAUGCUACUCCGCCUCGGCGCGGUGACGACGGUGGUGGUCUCGUCCGCGGCUGCGGCGCGCGACGUGAUGAAGGCCCACGACGUCGAGUGCUGCAGCCGCCCCGCAUCGCCGGGCCCCGCGCGGCUCUCCUACGGGCGCAAGAGCGUCUCGUUCUCGCCAUACGGCGCCUACUGGCGCGACAUGCGCGGACUCUUCGCCGCGGAGCUCCUCGGCACGCGCGGCGUCAGAGCCGCCUGGGCCGCACGGCGGGAGCAGGUGGACAGGCUCAUGGCCGCCCUGGGCAGCGCUGCGGGGCCGGUGUCGUUGGACGAGCACGUGUUCCGUGUCGCCGACGGCGUCAUUAGCACGGUGGCGUACGGGAGCGUGUACGGCGCGGAGGCGUUCGCGGGCAAGCACAAGGGGUUCCAGCAUGUGCUAGAGGAGGCCAUGGACAUGUCGGCCAGCUUCUCCGCCGAGGACUUCUUCCCCAACGCCGUCGGCCGCCUCCUCGACCGGCUCGCCGGCAUAGUCGCGCGCAGGGAGAGGAUCUUCAGAGACCUCGACGGCUUCUUCGAGGCAGUGCUGGAGCAGCACCUGCACCCCGCGCGCCCCAAGCCGGAGAGCGGCGGCGGCGACCUGGUGGACGCCCUCAUCAGAAUCUGCGAGGAGCACGGCUUCACGAGGGACCACGUCAAGGCUGUCCUCCUGGACGCGUUCCUCGGCGGCGUCGACACGAGCUCGGUGACGAUCCUGUGGGCGAUGUCGGAGCUGAUCCGAAAGCCGCAAGUGCUGAAGAAAGUGCAGGAGGAGAUCAGGGCCGCGGUCGCCGUCAACGGCAACAACGAGCAGCGGGUGCAGCCGGACGACCUGCCGAAGCUGACCUACCUGAAGAUGGUCGUCAAAGAGACCCUGCGGCUUCACCCGCCGGUGACGCUGCUUCUGCCGCGGGAGACACUGCGGCGGGUGGAAAUCGGCGGCUACGAUGUGCCGGCAGGGACGCGGGUGCUGGUGAACGCGUGGGCCAUCGGGAGGGACCCCGCGAGCUGGGGCCAGGACGCGGCGGAGUUCCAGCGGGAGAGGUUCGAGUCCGGCGGGAGGCACGGCGAGGUGGACUUCCGCGGCGCUCACUUGGAGCUGAUGCUGUUCGGCGCCGGCCGGCGAAUCUGCCCCGGACUGGCCAUGGGGGUGGCGAACGUGGAGUUCACGUUGGCCAACAUGUUGUACGGCUUCGAGUGGGAGCUGCCGGAGGGGACGGUGGCGGAGAAGCUGAGCAUGGAGGAGGCCGGCAGACUGACUUUCCACCGCAAGACGCCGCUGGUGCUCCUGCCCACCCCAUACGUACCGCCGAGAGCUGGCUAG